GACCCCACUAGUCACUGCCUGCAACGUAGACUGGGCCUGGAAUUUUAUCCCUUGGCUCAUUCUUAAAAUGUUUUCUUGGGGAGAUUAUCUUCUGGCCGUUUCUGAGGAGCCAGGAAACGUGAAACGGGCUAUGAAACAAAAGCCGAGUGCGUAGGCUAGAUUAAGCAACAGAUCCUUCAGUGAAGUAUUUUGCAUCCUUCACGCCUUUGUUCAAUCUUCAGGAAGAUUGGAGAGUAGGGUAGAACCUCCCGUUUUUUCAAUACCCAGAGUUCAGCUUUUGGGGUUGGCAUCUCAAAGUAACUGACACGAAAUGGACGUAAUUUGACGAAAGCGACUCAAACCUUCCUCCCCAACCUUUCUCUCCCGCUCAUCAGGACUGAGUUUGCCUGUGGUUGUGGGUCCAUUCCGAGUGUGAGGUGUUCACAGGUCGUGAAGAUGGAGUAGACGGAGAAGCAGAUUUCCCCCUGGACCGUGUACGUCUGUCUGUGUUUGCCGCAGAUUCUUGUCGCUGGGGCUCGGAAUUCAGUUCGGGAGUUACAUUAUUUCGGGUCAGCGGCGUUCAUCCUUUUUUUUUCUGAAAUGUGAAGCUCCAGCGGCCACAUCCUGAGCUGGAUCGGCCAGGCAACACGUCCCCACGUCGGCAGCUCCGAGCUUUGCCCGCCAAAGUCCCUUCAAACAGCGGCGACCCUUCAGUGGUAGAAGUUGUGGCUGUGAGGAAUGCCCUUAACAAAUCCCUGUCAUGGCCCCUGGAAUUAUCUACUCACCUGUCUUCACCUGGUGCCUGCUUUUCUUCAUGAUCUGCUUUCUCUGUUCUGUGUCCCAGCCCCAAAAAGACACCACAGAUGGGCCUGAGUCAUUGCCCACUGUCACAGAUGCUGCACCGACCUCUGAAUAUUCAUACCCUGAUUACAGGGGUAAAGGCUGCAUGGAUGAGAAUGGUUUUGUGUAUGAAAUUGGAGAGGAGUUCACACCAGGUCCUGCUGCCUGCCCAUGUGUCUGCACCGAAGAUGGUCCACUGUGUGUCAAACCUGAGUGCCCUAGUCUGCAUCCUCGGUGUAUUCGAGUGGACACCAGCCGUUGUUGCCCUGAAUGCAAGGAAAUGAAAACUUACUGUGAAUUUCGGGAAAAGAAAUAUAAACAAUUGGAGGAAUUUGUGGUUUCACCAUGUGAGAAGUGCCGCUGUGAGCCCAAUGGAGAAGUGCACUGUUCCGUAGCAGAAUGUGCUCAGGUUGACUGUGUGGAUCCAGUAUAUGAACCUGAUCAGUGCUGCCCUAUCUGCAAAGAUGGACCCAAUUGUUUUGCAGGAGUCGCUAUUAUCCCAGCUGGACGAGAGGUGAAGAUUGAUGAAUGCACAACUUGCCAUUGCUCCUACGAAGAUGGCACUUGGAGAGUUGAUCACCAGGCAACUUGCAUCAAGAAUGACUGCAAGGAAAUAUAGACAAAAGAUCGUGUGGAUAAAGUUUUUUUUUGCUAUAUUCAACAUAAAAUGGGACUGAAUGAAUGGUGUUUUUGUACAUUCUGUAUUGCAUACCAUACUUAUAUUGAAUUAGUCAUGUUAUUUGUACUAAAUCUGAGCAAUAAAA